UGGGCGGGGGCUCGGGACGCCGGAGCGGUGCCGGCCGGCCGCUUCUCCGGUGGGCGCCGCGGCUCGGGCUCUCUGGAGGCCGCCGUGCCGUGUCCGCGAUUUUCAGCCUUGAAGAGUCGACUUUCCCCGCCCCUCCUCAUUUCUGUCCCCUGCAGUAAUAAAUCGCAUUAUGGAGGACCCCAUUAUGGAGAAGCUUUAUAAAGGGAUAUAGUGUUAAUUAUAUGGAGUGUAAUUUUGUGUAUGAAUUACAGUUUUAAAAUACUAAGGGUUUUCAGAAAGAAGCCUAAUAGGGUCAUUUCCUGGUACAUGUGCACAAAUAGUAAUUCUAUUCAUGGUAGUUUGUUAUGCAUUUGUGGUAACACUAGAAACAGCUGUAUCUCCAUAAGUUGACUUAUCUCUACAAAAUGAAUAUAGAUACGUGAUUUUCAAGUGAAAGGUUAUUUGCUCUUUAAAUGCAGUGUAAAAGUUUCUCUGGUGGAAAUUUUAUAGUUUAUGAAGAAAAUACCUUCAACUGAUUAAGCAUAAUAAAUUGGUAGGCAGAGUUAUGAAGAAAGACAAUGUGAUGUUGCUGCAGGAAAUGGAAACAGUUAUAGACCAUAUUUAACAAAGGUGGAAGAGUUGGCUUUAGGGGAAUUUCAUUUCGUUAAACAUCAUACACACUGCAUCAGGCAUAGGUUGAAUAAAGCUUGUGGGUGUUGAUAUCCCCAGAAGUAGUUACUGAAGUUAAUGUAACUCAUUUAAGUGAAUUCUGUGGUGAUAACCUCUGUGAAAUUACCCUCUAGGUAAUGACUAUAUGAAGACUAUACUUGUUAUUUACUAGAAUAAAACAAGCACUAUUUAAGUACAGUAAAGUGCUUGAAAGAAAUCUGUGUAUAGUUUUUCCCUCUUGAAGCAUAAUCAAUAAUUGGCUUCAUAAAUGAGCUUUGUAGCUUAUAACUAAAGGUAAAUAACUGGCAUAAUUAAGGUACAUUGUAAUUUAGAAUUGUGGAAAUAUCAACCUCCUUGAAAAAUCUGGCAGUUUUAACAUCCCUUCAUUCAUGUAUCAGCUUCUUUCAGGCCUUUAUGUUAGUAUUACACCAAAUAAUGAGCAAAUAGCACUUGAGUUCCCUAAGAGUUAAUAUAAUCUCAAACAGUACUAAAUAGUAUCUUGGUAAUUAAGGACAGGUAUUCGUCCCACCUGAGUGUAAACUCAGAUAUAAAUCCUUAAAGAGGGUGUAGUGAACUUGAUGUAAGCAGGAGCUUAUCAUUUGGUUCUUUUUUAUGGUAAAAAGAAACUAAUCUAGGGUGAAGAUUUGAGAAACUUCAUGUGAAGGCUUUUAGCCAUCAAAAAAGUAAAAUCACUCAUGCACAAAACUACUUCCCAGAGACUUGGGCCAGGUUCUUCGUGUCAAAGAAUUAAGAGUACGAUGGAAGAUAGCACUGUCUUCGCAAACCCGACAGUAGGCAGCAAACAGAGAAUCCAGUAUGACCUUUCGUGCGAGCUCUACAGGAUGUCCACGUACUCCACCUUCCCCGCCGGCGUUCCCGUCUCCGAGCGGAGCCUCGCCCGGGCUGGGUUUUACUACACGGGUGUGAAUGACAAGGUUAGAUGCUUCUGCUGCGGCCUGAUGCUGGACAACUGGAAACAUGGAGACAGUCCUGUUGAAAAGCACAAACAGCUGUAUCCUAGCUGUAGCUUUAUUCACAGUCUCGCUUCCCUUACUAGUCUGGAAUCCACCUCUAAGAAUACUUCUCCAAUGAGAAACAGUUUUCCACAUUCGUUGUCUCCCUCUUCGGAACGUGGCGGCUCAUUCAGCAGUUCUCAUUCCAACCUUUCACCAAACCCUGUGAAUUCUAGAGCCCUUGAAGACUUCUCCCCAUUGAGGACUAACCCCUACAGUUACGCGAUGAGUACUGAAGAGGCCCGAUUUCUGACUUACCACAUGUGGCCAUUAACCUUCUUGUCACCCUCGGAACUGGCGAGAGCCGGCUUCUAUUACAUAGGGCCCGGGGACAAAGUGGCCUGCUUCGCCUGCGGUGGCACCCUAAGUAACUGGGAGCCGAAGGAUGAUGCUCUGUCAGAGCAUCGGAGACAUUUUCCCAACUGCCCGUUUCUGGAAAAUUCUCUGGAGACGCUGAGGUUUAGCAUUUCAAACCUGAGCAUGCAGACACAUGCAGCUCGGCUGAGGACGUUCGUGUGCUGGCCGUCAAGCGUCCCGGUGCGGCCCGAACAGCUCGCCGGUGCCGGCUUCUAUUACGUGGGUCGCAAUGAUGACGUCAAAUGCUUUUGUUGUGAUGGUGGCUUAAGGUGUUGGGAAUCUGGAGACGAUCCAUGGGUGGAGCACGCCAAGUGGUUUCCAAGGUGUGAGUUUUUGAUCCGCAUGAAAGGGCAAGACUUUGUUGAUGAGAUUCAAGCUCGAUACCCUCACCUUCUUGAGCAGCUCUUGUCAACUUCAGAUACUUCUGGAGAUGAAAAUACUGAUCCACCAAUUGUACAUUUUGGGCCUGGAGAAAGUUCCUCCGAAGAUGCCAUCAUGAUGAACACACCUGUGGUGAAAGCGGCCUUGGAGAUGGGCUUCAGUAGGAGCCUGGUGAAGCAGACCGUUCAGAGUAAGAUCCUGACGAGCGGCGAGAAUUACAAAACGGUCAGUGAUAUUGUGUUGGCACUUCUUGAUGCCGAAGAUGAGACCAGAGAAGAAGAGAAAGAAAGACAAACUGAAGAGCUGGCAUCAGAUGAUUUGUCAUUGAUUCGGAAGAAUAGAAUGGCUCUUUUUCAACAGUUGACGUGUGUGCUUCCUAUCCUGGAUAAUCUUUUAAAGGCCAAUGUGAUUAAUAAACAGGAACAUGAUAUUAUUAAGCAAAAAACACAGAUACCUUUGCAAGCAAGAGAACUGAUCGAUACCGUUUUAGUUAAAGGAAAUGCUGCUGCCAACAUUUUCAAAACCUGUUUAAAAGAAAUUGACCCUACAUUAUAUAAGAACUUAUUUGUGGACAAGAGCAUGAAGUAUAUUCCAACAGAGGAUGUUUCAGGUCUGUCUCUGGAGGAGCAGCUGCGGAGGCUGCAGGAGGAACGAACCUGUAAAGUGUGCAUGGACCGAGAAGUGUCUGUCGUGUUCAUCCCCUGCGGUCACCUGGUGGUGUGCAAAGACUGCGCCCCUUCGCUCCGAAAGUGCCCUAUUUGCAGGGGUAUAAUCAAGGGCACUGUCCGUACCUUUCUCUCAUAAAAAAGAAAAACUGUCUGUUAGCUUAUGUAAAAAAGCCUUGAAAACAUUGUUGAACAUUUGAAGCCAUCUGAAGUAUAAAAAGAAUGAUUGUUCUUGAAUUAGGACACUUGUGUUGUGCUUUGCUUCGGUACUAGUGAUCUUGUUUCAAAAAGUAGUAUCAUCUACCCUAUUUAACGUUAGUCUUUGUUGCUCCGAAAGGGGAGGUUUCCAUUUCGUGGGCCCUGGUGUGUACACGUGUGAGCACGGGCGAGGCCUCAGCCCUGGGGUGGGGGUGGGGGUGGGGUCCCUUCAGCAGUGCCUGGUGUUGGUAUUCUUUCUGGAAGCUUCGAGCGCUGCAUUAGCCUGUAGUGCAGAAGAACCGGACACCAGGAGCUCUGGAGUUUCCCCAAGUUCUGGUGCCAAAUUCUCUGUGGUGUUUUUUUCACUUGUGGUUUGAAAUAAGGAUUUUUUUUUUCUUACUGGUACAUAAGCUUUUUCUUAAUUUGUGAAAAACAUCAAUAAAGUUCUUUUAAAAGACUGCACCAUCAUUUUUUCCCUCCUGACUUAAAAAGUAUUAUCUAUAUGCCUUAUGAGAUUUAAGUGAGUUAAUACUGUAUGUAAAUGUAGUGCCUGUCACCCUGUAAGCACUUGAAUGUUAGCCAUUAAAUAAAAACUUGAAUUCAUGAAACUGA